AUGCGUCGCGACCACGGCGCGGUUUCCCCGCCUUGCCCCUCGCCGUACGUCUCCCGCGCGCCUGCUAUCCCCCGUGUGCAUCCGCCUGCUGCGCCCUCGGUCGACCGGUCAGGCUCGCUGAGCGCGCAGGGUGCGCCCGCGCCGGCUGCACCCGGCGCACCUUCUCUCAUGGCAGGGUCGGCCGAUGCGCCGUGCGGCGGCAGCGCGGGCCAUCGGCGCGCGCCGUCGUGGCCGCUGCCGAGUCUGGUGCCGCUGGACCGCCUGCAGUCGCUGUCGCUGGCGGACGUGCUGGCGGAGAUGGCGCAGUGCGCCACGCCCGCGGGGGAAGUCGCCGGGGAUGGCGGCGGGUUCAACGCUGCGAGGGAGAGGAGUCGCGUCGGCAGUGGAAGUGAGCGUGCAGCGGGGGGAGGGCACGUGAGAGCGGGGAGUGGAAAAGAGGGGACGGGCGGAGAUGGAGGAGAACGAAUAGCAACGGCGGAACGAGGAGCAGUGGCAGGGGACAGGUUCGAGAAUGCAACGGACGAGGAGAACGGGGGGCUGAGAGUCACUGGCAGCAGCAGCGGCGAGGGGGCCGCGGGUGAUGCUUCCAUGGCAGCAGCGGACGCAGAGGCGCAGCGCGCAGCGGGUGAUGACAUGGAGCAGCGCGACGCGAUGAUGGGGCUGAUGCCACUGUCGCCGGGCGACAUGCUGUCGCCGCCAUCCGUGCUGCCGUCGCCGCGCGACUGCGGCUUACCGUCGCCCUCGCAUCUGCUCGCCCUGCCCUUGCUCGACCUGCCCUCUGCCUCCGAUCCCCCCUCGUGCCCCUCCGACCCCCCCUCGUGCCCCUCCGACCCUCACCUGCCCCUUGCCGAUGCGCCCUCACCAUGCUCGCGCCCGCACCAACCCAUGCCCCCCGUUCCUCCACUCGCCGCCCCGCACCCGCUGCCCCUUCCAUCUGCGCGCCCUCCGCUUUCCCCUUCCCACGCGCCACCCGCCGAUCCGGCGCAGCGUGGUCAUGCGGGGGCGGGCACGGGGGGCAGGGUGGAGGCAGCAGUGGCGAGCGACAGGGGGGUGGGCGGUGGGUGCGGUGGGAGGAAGCGAGGCAAUGCGGAAGCAGGCGUGGGGAGCGCUCGCACGCUCCCUGCUGCCCUCUGUGCUCCGCUCCCACCCGCCAGUUCGCACCCCACCGCCAGCCACACCGCGCAUACCUUUGCCAGCGCCGGGCCCCACGCGGCGUUGAGUGUGGCGAACAGCGGCGCCCCCUGCGCCACCCCUCCUUGCGCCAAGCGCGCGCGGCCGUCCCCCCCCAGCUGGUGCCUGGACGGCAGCCCAGGGCUGCGGCUGGGCGUGCCUGGCAGUGCGUGGUGCAGCGCCCGCUCCGCCCAGGGGGGUGCUGCGCCUGGCGCAGAGGGGCAGGCACGGGAUGCACGUGGACUGGCUGUGGUGGCUCGUGGGAAAGCGGACGCACUUGGAAAAACGGCAGGCGCAGGUGAGACAGCAGCAGCAGGAGGAGCAGCAGGAGGAGGCGGAGGAGGAGGAGCAGGAGAAGGAGGUGCAGGAGGAGGAGGCGGAGGGGGAGGAGGAGUAGCAGGAGGAGGAGGAGGAGGAGGAGGCGGAGGAGGUUGGCAAGGGGCAGCACCGGAUGCAUUGAUGCAGCUGGCAGCAUUGCUGCGCGGUGCCGGAGUGAGGCUGGAGGGCGAUGUCAACGCCAAGGCAGCGGCUGCACGGCCGUGUCACAGUGGCAGUGAGGUGCAUGAGGGUGUAGGCGCACGCAGCAGCGUGGCCACUGGCGCAGGCAUGGCGCCGCGCGGGGAAGGCGCCCCGUGUGGGGCUGCUGGUGGGCGCAGCAGUGCGGGCGAGCGCAGUGCGUGGGAGGUGCAGCAGCUGGGGCUGGCUCUGAGGGCGCUGGCCGGGGCUCUGGGGUGCGACAGCCCGAGACAAGGCGACGUGCGGCAGGGCUGGGCAGCAGAAGGGGUCAACGGUGCAGGCUUGGAGGCAGCAACCCGCGUGGAGGGCCAGGAGGGGCGAGGGAUGGCAUCGGAAGGGGUGGCAUCAGGGCAUGCAGAGGCAAGUAAGGCAGGAGGGCGAGCAGCGGGCGCAGAGAUGGGCAGAGGAUGCAGCAGAGGGAGCAGCAGCGGUGCUGGAAGUGGCAGCUGGGGUGAGGGAGAGUGCGGCAGACGAGAGGGAGGAGCGAGGGUGCGAAGUGGAAAGGGUGCAGGGAGCACUGCAACGUGGCGCAUGGGGGGGACGGAUGGAAGGCGGGCAACAGCAGCAGGCACGGAGGGGCAAGCUGUGCAGGCCAGAGCGCGGCGGGAGCGCAUGAACGUGCGCAUGAGGCAGCUGCAGGCGCUGGUGCCGGGGGCGAGCUGCAUGACCACGGAGAGCUUCCUGGAGGAGGCCGUGCAGUACGUGCACUUCCUGCAGCGCCAGGUCCUGGACCUCACAGAAUCCCUGCAACUCCAUCAACACCCCUGCUCGCCUGCUGCCGCCACACGCGUGCCCUUUCCCCGCACCUCCACUCUUCCCACGCACGUGCCUCGCCUACACACUCUUGCCCCCACCGCACCACGACCGCUUGCUUCCACCUCCUCUGCUGGGUUGAGGGGCAAGGCACCGUGCGGACAGGGAAGGGAAUCGCUGAAAGAAUGUGGAGCAGAUUCGGUGGGGGGAGGUGGUAGGGAGAAUGGCAGGUUUGCGGGAGGUAGGGUGUUGGGGUGGCAGGGGGUGGGAGGGGAGAUGCAGCGUAGGCAGCUGUGCUUGGUUCCAGUGGGCGCGCUGACCGCUCUGCUGGAGCCAGGGGGCAUGGUGGACAGGGCUCUCAUGCACGUGCAGCAACAAGAGGAGCAGGGUGGCGCUGAUGGGCAAAGGCCUUCCGCGGUGCGCGUCCAUUCUGCGGCUUGCGCGGGUGCGCUUAUGGCAGAUGGACAGAGCGCGUCGCAGCCGCCCCAUUCGGAUAGCGAUAGUCCGUCCCGACCGCCGCUGAAGCCACAGACGGGCGGUGCAAAGCACGCGGAGGAGGCUUCAUGCAACGGCGUGGUGAUCGGCGAGGGCACGCGGCAGUCGGAGAACAAAGGCCACGAUGGCGAUGGAGCGAUGGCGCAAGAUAGGGAUACGGAUGGCGUGCGCGAGGCGGUGGAGGCGGAGAGCGUGAAGACGCGCGCGCGGCCGAGCGGCAAGGUGGUGCACAUGGCGCGCGCGGACCUCGUCGACCUCGCGGAUCUCGACCGCGCUCUCGAUCGCGCGCUGUCCCGCCGAGAAAAGCCCGCCGCUGCCGUUCAAGCCGCAGGCGCGGCGGGGAAGGGUGGCGGCAGCGACGCGGAUAAGCUGGGGCACGGACCGCAAGCCGAGGGAGCGGAGCGACCGAAAUGGGAGAUCGACGUGAAGAAAGUAGUGCUGAGAAAGCUAAUCGCUAACGGAACGUUCGGCACCGUGUAUCGAGGCACUUACCAAGGAAAGGACGUUGCAGUGAAGGUGUUGGACUGGGGCGAGGAGGACACCAUGUCGCGCAUGCAGCUCGACAAGCUAAGGCGCGCCUUCAAGCAGGAGGUCACCGUGUGGAGCGACCUCUCUCACCCCAACGUCGCGCAGUUCGUGGGCGCGUCCGUGGCGGACCAGGGCGGGUUCAUGAUCCCGUCGUUUGACCGGUCGCGCGGGGGCGGCGGGCGCAAGGGCGACAUCCGCGUGGAGGGCAGCCUGUGCUGCCUGGUGGUGGAGUACGUGGCGGGCGGCACGCUCAAGGACUACCUCAUCGCCAACCGCCGCCGCAAGCUGCCCCUGCGCACCGUCGUGCAGCUCGCCUCCGACAUGGCCAAGGGGCUGGAGUACCUGCAUGCGCACGGGGUGGUGCACCGGGACAUCAAGUCGGAGAACAUGCUGCUCACUGCCAGUCGCCGCGUCAAGGUGGCGGACUUUGGGGUGGCGCGCAUAGAGGCGGAGAACCCCAAGGACAUGACGGGCGCCACCGGCACACUCGGCUACAUGGCCCCCGAGGUGCUGGACUGCCGGCCGUACAACCACCGUGCUGAUGUGUACAGCUUUGGCAUCUGCCUGUGGGAGAUCUAUUGCUGUGACAUGCCCUUCCCCGACCUCGACUUCAAGGAAAUGGCCGCGGUAGUCAAUAAGGGUCUGCGCCCCACCAUCCCUGGCAUCUGCCCGCGGGACUUGGCCAGAAUCAUGCAGCGCUGCUGGGAUGCUGACCCCAGCAAGCGGCCCGACAUGGGGGAGGUUGUGACACUGCUGGGGAAGGUGGACCUGAAGCGCGGCAAAGGCAUGACUCCCAUUUAUGACAUGCCCAAUGAUUCCAUCUCCUGCUGCUGGGUCACAUGA